GGAAACAAGUUUGAAUUCUGUAUAAGGUAGAAUAAAAUGCGCCUUUGCCAAGUGCGGUAGCCAUUUUGACAUUUUUGUAUUUUUUUUUUGGAAAAAAUGAACAUGGCGGACUUAGAAGGGUUGAGUGAAAGAGAUAGGGCAGUUUUGAGAAGUAUUUUUGAUCCUACAGCGACUAUAGCUGCUGACGUUGUUGAUGAUGGAGACAGUUUCCCUGAGGAGAGCGAAGAACAAUCAGAAGCGUACAAAGAAUCUGCAUCCAUCUGCGCCGAAGGCGUGAAGUUAGCGGAGGCGGGAAAACUCGAUGAAGCGUUGAAAUCGUUAAAUAAGGCAAUUGAAGUGGCUCCUGAUAGGGCAGAGACCUACAACAACAGAGCGCAACUGCUGAGGCUGUUGCAGCGAGAUGAUGAUGCAAUGGCAGACCUAGAUCGCGCUUUAGAGCUAACAGCUGACAAAAGGUCACGUGCGCGCGCGCUCGCACUCUGCCAGCGCGGCGUGUUACUGCGCAGGCGUGGAGACACAGACAACGCACGCGCCGCUUUCACAGAGGCCGCAAAACUGGGCAGCGGGUUUGCUAAAAAACAGGUGGUGGAAUUAAAUCCAUACGCCGCUCUCUGCAACCAAAUGCUGAGCCAAGUGAUGCGCGGGGAGAAGGAAAUAAGGCUAUGAAAUCACUGACAUACUACCUAUAUAAACAAGUAGACUUUUAAUCGCUAAGGUAUUUUAAUUGUAAAAAAGCGUGCGAACCGUUUUGUAAAUACCUACGUAUAUGAAUUAAUUGUAGAUACUUCAAAUUAACAUGGUACGGUUGUUAAUAUAAAGAGCACUAUCGGACUAAAUUAUAUAUUCUUUUUAUUAUCUUGACAUGCCGUCGUUUAGUAAAAGAUGCGCCGCGGAUGCUUUUUUACAGAGGUUGGAGUCUAAGUACUUGUUUCUAUAAGAAGUCAAUGUUUGAAAUAAAACACUUCACAUCUAAUGGAUUAGAAAUUUAUAUUGUUGAGUACAAUCCACAAUUACUUCCAAGAAAUCCAUACCACCAGCCAGAUCUCCCGCGACCAGCGAGUGAAACACUCCGAACCUACAGUCCAAAAACGUUGAAAAUGACAAUUUUACAUUUUGAAAAUGACAAAUGUAAUCCUACAAAUCGAAAUACUGUUACUACACUAUAGAUAAAUAGAAUAUGCAAUAAAUCUCAUAAACAAGAUCA